GCGGUUUCAGCUGGACGUGCCUGGAACACUCCGCGAGCAAGUCUCACGAGGUGCCCGCCGAGACGAGCUCGGUUGCCCGUCGAGGACCGAACUGCGUGCCGCCGGCACCGUCGCGUACUGCCACCGUCGGCUGCGACGGACCGCGACGGUUACCCGCGGACUGGCGACCGCGUGGAGUCUCGAGCUCGCUCGCAGCUUCAGCGCCGCUGACUAAGAGUCACGCCACUGCUGGCGGACAUGCUCGAGGUCUGACUGGCCCCGCCGUCAGAGGACGUCCCCGGUCGCCGCCAGUGGAGUCUGCAUUCGCCGCUAGUGGAGUUGUCCCCUGACCGCCGCCGCCAUGCGCCCUUCGGCCGCCGUGGCCCUCUGCGCCGCGCUAGCUGCUUGCGCGACCGGAUCGCGUGUCCAGCUCGUCAGCAACGGCUACAGCGGUCUCGUGGUCGGCAUCGAUGACCGCGUCAACAUCCUGAAGUGCCAGGACGUGCUGGACAAUGUGAAGACGCUGAUCAACGACGCCUCGUCCUACCUGUACACGGCGACCAAUCAGCGGGCGUUCUUCAGUGACGUGACGGUAGUGGUGCCCAGUUCGUGGCCCCGAAGCUGCACGGGCGCCAACCCGCCGGGUCAGGCCACCACCGAGAGCUACCUGACCUCUGACCUGCGGGUCAGCACCACUCACCCCGUGUACGGCUCGGCCCCCUGGACCCACCAGUCUGGCCAGUGCGGCCAGCCCGGCGCCUUCGUCCAGUUUGCUGCCGACUACGUCAGCGAAGGCACGUCCGAUGGAAGCAAAGCCGCUGCGCUCGUGCAUGAGUGGGCCAAGUACCGGUGGGGCGUGUUCGAGGAGCUCGGAUACGCGGAGGACCCUCUGUACCCGUCGUUCUACCAGCAGACGGCCGGCCAGUGGCGACCUACCGGCUGCUCGGACGGCGCCGUCGCCGGCUCCGUCUCACCGCCCGGUUGCAAGGAGAGCUCCAACACCUGCACCUUCGUGCCGUUCACGAACGCCAGCAAUGACGGUGUCACCUCGUCCGUCAUGUACAUGCAGGAGCUUAGUCAGGUGAAAAACUUCUGCGAUGAUGGCGACCACGACAGGUCCGCGCCGACGAAACACAACCUGCUCUGUGGGGAGAGGUCUGUCUGGGAGGUGAUGCAGGACCACGAGGACUUCCGUAACGGCAACAACGCGCCGAGCGGGAACUCCACCCCUCCUUCAGUCGACUUCAGGGUCGUCAAGGCCACCACGGACCGCUUCUUCUUCCUGCUGGAGAGCACGGCCACGAUGCGGCAGCAGGAGCGCUGGGACUUCGUCAGCAGCUCCAUCCGCAAGUUCGUCAACUGGGACGUGCCGACGGGGAUCCAGGUGGGCAUCGGCCACUUCGGCGCCGACUACCGCACCGACCGCAACCUCACGACCGUGCCGGAUCUGCUGAUGGGGCGUGGAGAGAUGGCCAACCUGCCGCCCAUCGCCGACGACGUGAUGGAGGACAGCAAGAGCUGGACGACGGCUGUCGACGGGGCUCUGUCGUCGCUCGGGAACCGGGCACCGGGCUCUACGCUCAUCUGGGUCACCGGCAACCAGCAGAACAGCCGCAACCAACCGACAGCCGCAGACGUCGACUACAUGAUCGCUGCGCUGAAGGCCAAGCAAGUGCGCCUGGUGUUGGUGUUCUACCCCUACGUCACCCCAGGGCUCUCCCGCGUCGCCUCGGAGACGGGCGGCGACGUCAUCAUCAUCGAGGACUCGUGGCUGGGCGACCAGACGAGCAUCAGCGUAUUCCACUCGCUGGCCGACGCAUACGUCUUCACGCUCGACAAGUACAUCACGGACAAGCGCAAGCUGAUGGUCAGGGUGGAGGACCAGCGGUUCGUCGGCAACGGCCAGCAGGUCCGCGGCAGCUUCCUCAUCGACACCACGCUGGGCGUGAACACGACGUUGACGGUGCUGUACAAUACGCGCAGCGAGAUCGGCUACGUGAAGCUACGGCGGCCCGGCGGACAGCUGCUGCCCGUGUACACGUACCCGGACACCACCAACCACCUGCAGUACAUUAGGAUCGACCCCGUGCAAGGGCGGUGGGAGUACGAGAUCGACAACUUGGCGCCAUCGCACAGCAGCAUCGUUGUCCAAGUGAUGUCCUCGCCGGCGUCCUCUGAGGACACGGUCCGCACCGAGGUGUGGACCAACGCGGACCGUACCGGCUCGCUCAAUGCCACGGAACGACCGCUCAUCAUUUACGCGUCGCUGCUGGACAACGGGCUGGCAGUGCCGGACAUUCUGCACGGCGACGGCAUCUACUCGCGCUACUUCACCGACUUCGGCUCCCUGACGCCGGCCAGUCAGCUGUUCAUCGUGCGUGUGGAGGUGGGCGGGUCGCGGGCCCGCGUGGUGACCGGCCGUGACCUGACCCAGCCGCGGGCCAUCCCGGUCAACGGCCAGGUGCCGUGCUGCGGCUCCACCGUCGGCAACGUGACUUCGGUGCCCAUGUUUGACCUGCGGAGGUCGGCGUCCGGCGGAGGGAUCCUCGUCUCCGGAGACGUCGACUAUCAGACGGACGUCCACCCGCCGAACCGGAUCACUGACCUGCGGGCCGAGACGGACGCCGCCGAGCAGACCAUCACCUUCAGCUGGUCAGCCCCCGGCGACGACUACGACAAACCCGACACCAGAGUGUCGCACUACGAGGUGCGCUUCUCGGAGAGCCGAGCGCAGCUGCGGGACCACUUCACCGACUGCACCAGCGUGCCCCACUGGAGCCAGCCCGAGCCGGCCGGCACGCCCAGCCUCGCCGUCAUCGACUUCCACACCGUCGACAAGCUGCUUUUCUUCGCCAUCCGCGGCGUGGACGAGGCCGGCAACGUGGCGCGCAUCUCCAACGUGGUGGCGCUGAUGAUGCCGCCGCCACCCGCGACACCCUCACCGCCGCCGCCCACGGAAGCCUCGUCCCCCGUGCGACCUACGCCACCGGCCUUUGACAACCAGCUGCUGCUGAUCGUGCUGCUUUGCGUAGCAGGCGUGGUCCUGCUGAUCGUGCUGCUGGCACUGUACUACUUCCUCUGCUACCGGCGCAGGAAGCCUGACCCGGGCGCCGGCGCGUCGCGGCACAUCACCACAGUGACGGUGCCCAGCGUGGAGAGUCGCGAGCCCACGCCCGUCAAGAUCGCCUACGACCUGGAAAAGGAGGAGGCGGUGCGCAGCCUGUCCGAAGGCCCGACACCCGUCAUGUGGACGGCCUCCAACAUCCUGAACACGUCAGAGCCGUGCUACAGCCCGGACACGCGCAGCUACGGCCACUACAGCAACAACCUGCACCUGAACGCGGCGCACAUGAGCGCCGGUCGGGCGCGCUACAACAGCUACCAGACGCCGUACGGGGAGGACAUGACGUACGACGGCCGCUCGCUGGUCAGCACGCAGCCGUCGGACUCGUUCAUGUCGCUCACCUCCGACCCGCGUCCCCGCAACAACAACACCCUGUCGGAGGGCGAGCCGGCCGGCUGGCCGAGCGACAAGGACUCGCUGGUGCAGGCGCAGCGCGUGCGUGGCGGUCGGCUGCCGCCCCCGACGCUGCCCAAGCCGCGGCUCCACCCGGCCGACGGCAGCCAGCACGGCUCGCGGGCCUCCAUCGCCGGCGAUAAAAAACGGCGCAAUGUGACUCAGGUGUAGGCGAACGUGGCGCGUUAAACCACUGCUGUGAUCAUGCGAUGGCGUGUGUUGUGUACAUAGUGGCGCCAAGCGACGGAGCGAAGCGUGCGUCCUCGUGGACUCGCGGACUCGCGGACUCCGAGUACGUCGCGGGACUCGGUUCGGACGAGAAAUACCCGCCUUCAGACAUUGUGUUGUGCAUCGCUGCGCCGCGGCCUGUCGUCUGGAUUCGUUUGUCUGCGUUGUGAGAAAAGCACGCUGUUUUUGUUGACUGCCGAAUCUGCAUGGUGUGGACCUCGCCUGUUGCUGGUGUUUUGGCAUGGGGCUAAUCCAGAGGCACGUGUACGUGAGUUCCGUUCAUUGUUUGUCGCGAUCUCUGUGAAUUAUUAUCGCAAUUUUGCGGUUGCAAGAUUAUAUGACGCCUCGCGACGUGUACAUACUCAUAUCAUUUCUUAGGUUAGAGCGUGCAAAUAUCUGCUGCCUAGUCACCAUGUACUGACUAAUAAAUGUGCGAUCACCAUGAA